AUGGCUGCCCGGACUUCAAUCGCACGCGCUGCGCGCCAAUUCACCUCCGCCGCCGCGAGGAGGCCGUCACCUUUCGUCUGCCAGAGGUGGCAGCAGGCGACUCAGAAGCCACGGUUAUUCUCGGUAUCUGCCGCACUGAAGGAGAAGAAGUACACCGAGGACCAUGAGUGGAUUGAGAUGUCUGCAGACGGCAAGACAUGCACCCUAGGUAUCUCCGAAUACGCUGCAAAGGCCCUCGGCGACGUCGUCUACAUCGAGCUUCCCCAGAUCGAAAUGGAUGUUAGCGAAGGCGACGCCAUUGGCGCUGUCGAGUCAGUCAAGUCUGCCUCAGACAUCCUCACACCCAUCUCUGGCACCGUCGCGGAAGUCAACUCAGCGCUAGAGCAGACUCCAGGCAAUGUCAAUAAGGACCCCGAGGGCGAGGCAUGGAUCGCUAAGAUCACCGUGUCUGGAGAGCCCAGCGGCAAGACGAUGACCAAGGAGGAGUACGCCGAGUUUACUGAAGAGUAG